AUAACAGUACAAAGAGUCACAGCUACAGAGCAAGUGCAAGGUCACAAGGUAGAUCAUGAGGUCAGAGUCCAUCUCAUCGUAUAAGGUAUAUAACGUAACCGUUCAAUAGUCUUAUCACAGUGGGGUAGAAGCUGUCCUUAAGCCUGGUGGUACAUGCCCUCAGGCUCCUGUAUUUUCUCAAUGUUAUCUGGCGGUUGCUGUUCAUGGGGCAAGCUCUUGUGCAAAGUGCCGAUUGCACUUCCCUACCCUGACCUUGACUGCACUUCAAAAUCAAUCAGUUGGCCGGACCAUGUGCUCGUUGACCUCUGUUUGUGGGAUCUUGCUGUGCACAUUACUCAUGUGUACUCUAAAAGUGAUUCAUCGCCCGCGAACACCCAAAAAGUAAUUCACUGCAAAAAAAAGCCUUGGUGGACAAUAGGGAGAUCCUAUGGAUUUACGUGUAAAUUCUUACUGAACAGUAGCUAGAAGACCCAUUUUAAGUGAAGAUUGUGGAAAGUAUUUACCCAUAACCCAUAGCUGGAGAAAGGAAAGUGAAUUGUGCAUGCGCAUGCAAAGAUCUUCAAUCUCUUUGUAUUAUGGUUGAAUCUCCCUGCGCCGCUACCGGAGUCGGUGAUCGGGAAACUCACACGGCGGCGGUGAAACUGCUACCGAGCGGGGGCAGACACUCCCGGAUCACCCGCAGCCUUCCCCUGGGAAGGCGAUGACCGUGAGUAAGGAGCAGAGCCUGGUGUCGGGAAUCACUUCCCCAACAGCGUUGAACAUGGAGGUAAAGAAAGAAGCUGGUGAUUUAAUGAGUGAGCCACAACACCCUGAAGCAUUCCAGUCCUGGUACCACUACUUUUGCCCCGAAUGUGGCAAAGGCUUCAAGUCUCCCUCUGGCUUGGAGAGGCACUUGCGGGUUCACACCGGUGAGAGGCCGUUUGAGUGCCCGGUGUGUGGCAAGAGUUUUUAUAGCUGCAGCAACCUGACCCGGCACCAGCGGAUCCACAGCGAGGAGAGACCAUUCGGCUGCUCGGCAUGCGAGAAGCGCUUCUACACGUCCGGCGAGCUGGCCCGCCACACCCGAGGUCACACACGGGAGCAGCUCUACCCCUGCUCCGUGUGCGGGGAGGGCUUCUGCACGUCCGGGGAGAUGGCCCGGCACCGGGCUUCGCACGCUGGCGAGCGGCCCUUUGAGUGUGGUGUCUGCAAGAAGCGCUUCUGGACCGCCAGCUACCUGGCGAAGCACGGCCGCCUCCACAGCGGCGAGCGGCCCUUCUCCUGCUCCGUCUGCCACAAGGCCUUCCGGGCGGCCGGCUACCUGGCCAAGCACGAGCGGAUCCACACCGGCGAGAAGCCCUUCGCCUGCGCCGGGUGCGGCAAGCGCUUCUGCGCCUCCAACAAGCUGGCCGAGCACCGUCAGAUCCACCGGGCCGACAAGGCGUUCGAGUGCCCGGCCUGCGGCAAGCGCUUCCGCGCCUCCCGCAACCUGGCGCAGCACCGGCGCGUGCACAGCGAGAGGCGGCCUUUUGUCUGCUCCGUCUGUGGCAAGACUCUGGCCUACUCCACCACCCUGCGCAUCCACCAGCGCAUCCACUCCGGCGAGCGCCCCUUCAAGUGCACGGACUGCGGCAAGAGCUUCACGCAGGCCUUCAGCCUGAAGCUGCACCAGUACCACCACAGCGGGGAGCGGCCGUACCGGUGCCCGCUUUGCGGCAAGGGCUUCAUUCUGGCCAGUUACCUGGCAAAGCACCGGUGUACAGCCCUGCAGGAUGACAGGUCCAAAAAGUAAGGCUGCAGCGGCUCUUCUGAUUGUCCUCCCCGAGCUACACCCUCCAAAACAACCCAACAUCCUCAUAGAGUCUGCAGCACGGAAACAGGCCCUUCGGCCCACCAACUCCCUGCUGACCAUCAAGCACCCAUCUGCACCAGUCCUACACUGAUCCCACUUUUUCUCCUCUCCACGUUCCCAUCAACUCCCCGCCCCCAAUUCUACCAUUCAUCUUCACACAGUUUACAGUGGUCAAUUAACCUACCAACCCACUGGGAUGUGCGAGGAAAGGAGGAUGUAACAAAAGUAAUGCGAGGACCAUUAAUGAGAAGGUUGCUAAGACUCGAGGGCCUGAGUUAUAGGGAGCAGUUGGGCAGGCUAGGACUUUAUUCCAUGGAGUGUAGGAGACUGAGGGGUGACUUUAUAGAGAUAUAUAAAAUCAUGAGGGGCAUAGAUAGGGAAUCAAGAACUAGAGGGCAUAGGUUUAUGGUGAGAAAGGAGAGAUUUAAAAGGAGCUUGAGGGGCAAUGUCUUCAUGCAGAGAGUGGUGCGUAUAUGGAAUGAGUUGCCAGAGAAAGUGGUUUAGGCAGGUACAAUAACAACGUUUAAAUGACAUUUGGAUAAGUACAUGGAUAGGAAGGGUUGGGACUAGCUUAGGUGGGCACCGUGGUCGUCAUGGACGAGUUGGGCCAAAGGGUCUGUUUCCAUUGCUGUAUUACUCUAUGACGCCCUGGGGGAAACUCGGGUGGUCACAGGGAGAACGUGCAAACUCCACACAGCACCGGAGGUCAGGAUUGAACCUGGGUCUCUGGCGCUGUGAGGGAACAACUCUACAUGAUGGCCACUGUCUCCUAUCUGUAGUCACACUAAGUGACAUUCACCUACCAACCUAGGACCUGCUCACCUAUACUGGCUGCACCUUAAGCAAUGUCUCAAUAUGUAAAGUUCUCACCCUUGUCUUCAAAUCCCUACCUUCAUGACCACCUCCAGCCCUACAACGCUCCCACAUCACUGCCCUCUCCAAUUCUGCCUUCUUGACCUUCUUUGAAUUUACUAUUUCAACUGACAGCAGCACCUUCAGCUGUCAAAACCCUAAGAAAUGGAAUUCCUGACAUAAACCCCUCUGCUUCUCUACCUCUCUCUCCUCUUUUAAGAUGCCCCUUAAAACCUACCUC